AUGGCCACUCCCCCAGCGCCUCCAGCGCCCUCGCACCAGCCCGCAACUUCCCCUCCGCCAGCCCCAGCGGCGCCCGCAAACCCAGACACCAUCACCUUCACCGUCAACCCCCGCACGCUGUCCAUGGACGAAAAGGCGCACGGCGUCCCGGUGAGCGCGGUGAAUCCCAUCAGCGUGCGGCCGGUGCAGAACAAGGUCGUCGCGCCCAUCGGCGUCUCCGUCGCCCAGGCCGUCAUUCUGGUGUCCAGCUUCGUCGCGACCGUCCUGCUGGGCGUGAGCCAUUCAAAAGAGACGAGCAAUGAGAAUGGGUACUAUUCCUAUGGAUAUUCGCUGGUUCCCAUCGUGCCGAUUGCCCUCGGUGCGCUGUGGUCGCUCAUCUCGCUACUGCUCAACCACCCGUGUAAAGUACGCGUCCAUCCGGCCUUUUACGUCGCCUUUGACCUGCUUCUGUGGCUCUCAAUCCUCGCCAUUUCAUCAUGCGUCAUCGUGCUUCUCUCGGAUAGACGAAGCUAUGCCUGCACCUACCGAUCCUACCGUGACAGCGACAGCAGAUGCGAAGCGGUCCUGCUGGAGACUUGGGGCCUGCAAGUCGCUGCCAACGCCCUUGGAUUAUUAAGCGGGCUUACGCAUUUUGGUGUUUUCGUCUGGGGCUGCAGAAUGGUUCACAAGACCAACGCCCAUGCGAGGUUUGAAGUGUCCAUCAACAUGAACGGUAUCAACAAUGGCCAGGGUUCGGCACCGGUUGUCUAUGCUUGA